CGUCCCCCGCCGCCGCCCGCCGCCGCCUGCAGCGCCGGGAUCGAUAGAGGCGGGGGCUGCGGACGCACUAUGGCCGGCAGCGGCUACACGGACCUGCGGGAGAAGCUCAAGUCCAUGAUGCCCUACCGGGACGGCCACAAAGGCGGCGGCGGUGGUGGCGGCAGCCUCCCGCGGGAGCCCCCCGAACCCCCCUACGAUCGCAAGCGCCGGCACCAGGAGGACUCCGGUUCCGAGCCCAGCGACUACGAGGAGCAGAAGGAGGAGGAAGAAGCUCGGAAAGUCAAAAGCGGCAUCCGCCAGCUUCGCCUCUUCAGCGCCGAGGAGUGCGCCAAGAUCGAAGCUCGGAUCGAGGACGUGGUGUCCCGGGCGGAGAAGGGGCUCUACAAGGAGCACACGGUGGAUCGGGCGCCGCUGCGGAACAAGUAUUUUUUCGGGGAGGGCUAUACCUACGGGUCUCAGCUGCAGAGACGAGGCCCCGGCCAGGAGCGCCUGUACCCACGGGGAGAGGUGGACGCCAUCCCCGAGUGGGUGCACGACUUGGUGAUCAGGAAGCUGGUGGAGCACCGGGUGAUUCCCGAGGGCUUUGUGAACAGUGCCGUCAUCAACGACUACCAGCCGGGGGGCUGCAUUGUCUCCCACGUGGACCCCAUCCAUAUCUUUGAGAGGCCCAUCGUCUCCGUCUCCUUCUUCAGCGACUCGGCGCUCUGCUUCGGGUGUAAAUUCCAGUUCAAACCCAUCAGGGUCUCGGAGCCCGUUCUCUUCCUGCCUGUGAAGAGAGGAAGCGUCACGGUGCUCAGUGGGUAUGCAGCCGAUGAAAUUACACACUGUAUUCGACCACAGGACAUCAAGGAGAGAAGAGCUGUCAUCAUCCUUCGAAAAACAAGAAUAGAUGCACCUCGAUUGGAAACAAAAUCCCUGAGUAGCUCUGUGUUGCCACCAGGUUAUAACUCUGACCGUCUAUCGGGAAGCAACCGGGACCAGAUCCUGAAACCAAAGCGGUCCCAUCGCAAAGCAGAUCCUGAUGCUGCUCACAGGCCACGGAUUCUCGAAAUGGAUAAAGAGGAAAACAGGCGCUCAGUCCUCUUACCAAAACAUAGGAGACGGAGCAACUUCAGCUCCGAGAACUAUUGGCGAAGGUCUUACGAGUACACGGAGGACUGUGACGAGGAAGAGGAGGACGGCAGCCCAGCCAGGAAAGUUAAAAUGAGGCGACACUGAGGAUUGCACUUUCCAGGCUCGUGGAGCUGAUGAGAUUGGCCUCCAGUCUGUGAAAACUUUCUCCUCCCUCUGGCUAUCUUCCAUCUAGCUUCAGUUUUGGUUUUUCCUUUCAAGCUGAAGAGUAAACAGGAAGGAUCUAGCAAUUUUUUUUUUUUUUAUGAAUGGAGGAAUGCUGAGACAUACGUAAGGAUGGAACAUGUCCAGUGCACAUGGUGUCCUGAGUCAUGGGUCAAACAGGCAUCUCUCCCUUAGGAAGCAGAUAAAGUUAUGCCAGGCUGUCUGUUGGGAUUUCUUUUGAAAACACCAAAAAGUUUAACUGUUUCAUUGCGCAAGAUUCAAGAAUUGUAUUUCUGUUUUUUUGCUUUAACUUUCUUCCUUUCCAAAUGUUCUAAAUAUGAUGUUUGACCCCAGGAGCUGAAACUCUCUGCGGUGGCCUCGUAUUCCUUGCUUCACCAAAGGGCUCCUUGGUCUGCUCUUACCUAGUUGUUGUUGGGUUUGUUUUAAGGGUGCCCUGCAGUAACUGGAAGUUUGAAGCUUUGCAGACCCCUCUUACUGCGAUUGAUUUCAAAGGGUUUAGGACGUUUUUGUUGCACUUUAGUACCAGUUUUAAAUGCCGUAGGUUUCAUUUCCAGUCCCUUUUCCCAAGCCGGCGUGGGCUCGCAGCCUUGUGUCCCUGCGCUGCCCUCUCCGAGAAGAAUGUACUUGAGCUCUGGUUUCUCAGUGCUGGUCUGACCAGGGGUAUAUUUUGGUUGAGGAGGAAGGAAAUGUGGCUGGCUUCACUGGGGCUGGCCCAGCAUUGACCCGAGGUCUGUAUUGGAGCCCCGGGGCUGCUGAGUGAGGGAUUGCAUUGAGUGCAUGCUGCUUCCCAGAGCUGGAGAUAGCAAAGAGGAGUAGGAGAGAUGCUGUGCUUGUGAGGACGCUUGCCUUGGGACCCCCUGAGAAGACCUGUUCUCCACUGCCUGGGGGACUGGCUUUUGGCCCCCUGCCUCUUUUGAGUGGAGAGAGUUGAGACAGCGCAGCAUCCCGGCACAGCAUCCCAUCCCGAGGGACUGGCUGCGCUCUGUCAGAGCAGGAACAGGCGCUGCCACGGCCUCGGGGGAGCUGGGCAGCUCGGCUGUGGUCUGUCCCCUCCGAGGCUGGCUCUGGGAGCGAGGACGCUGCAAGGGUCUAGUUUGGCCCCAGUUCAGUGCUGCAGCAGUUGCCCGCCUCCUCCUGGCUUAUUCCUGUCUGUAUUCCUGGGGUAGGGAGUUUUCUGGUUGCUACGGAAAACACCGAGAAGAAUCGGGCAUUCAGCCCCGCGGAGUUAGCGUUAGAAAGUCUGCCACCUUCCUCCUCUUCUCCCACUCGGUUUGCGUUAGCCCAGACCAAAGCCUCGGUGUUUUCAAAGUUUGGGGCCCAACACCAUAUUUAGAACCGUACUUUUAAGAAACUUCCUCCAGUUGAUUCUUUGAACCCAAGUGUUGGCAGUUGUAAGGAGUAGUCUUAUUUUUAAAUUUUUACUGCUUUGCCCUCCCUCAAAUUGUAGUUUUUCUUAGUGUCGUGUCCCCCACACACUUCAUGGUCUGCACGCUUGGCAAUAAAAAGAUGUAAUAUAUUUUGAAACCCGUUUGCUGCUGUCUUGAGGGGCUCCCAGUCAAAAACAAAAAAACCAACAAAAACCAACAACCAAAACCCAGGCGUUGUUCCCCGGAGCGCCGUUCCUUGGCAAUCGAGCACGUUUGCUGACAUCUGGGUCUCGGUGUCCUUCUCCUUCCCCGCUGACUUCUGCAGCUCCUGCCACGCGCCCGUUGUUGGGGUUACUGCUCGGCUGGAUCUAGCGGUCACAUUAGUGCAAAGGAAAUUACCAUCACCUUCAGCACCGCUGAUCUGUGAGUGUCUCAUAGGUGAAGGUCCUCACUGCCUGUCUCUGAUUCUCUUUAUCUGAUUGCUUUCCUGGUGAGAGCCCCCGUCGGCUCGGUGCGGAGGUACGGGCACAGCCUCGUGGCCAGCCAUCAAAAGAACCUGUCUUGUCUGCCCGGAGAUCGAAAGUUCAUGCUUCUGCUGCUUCUGAAACCUUUAAAAAGCCAUUUUCAGACCACGCUUAGCAUUUGAAGCGGUGUUCCUCACCCUCCCAGCUUUCUGCAGAGAAUCCGGGCUAGCUCUUGGCUACAAACCCCCUGUUUUGGAAAGCUUGGCAUUCCCCUGAUAGCAAAACCGCAUGCAGGGAGCGGUGAUCCCUUCUCCUCCUUAUGGCUGGUACAAACGUCUCCGGCGAGCUCGAGACCUGCUAGCAGGAUGCCUAGCAAUGGCUGUUUCUAAGUGUCUUUUUGGAUUCCUCCUGGAUGCGCCGUGUGCCCUCCUUGGUGUCAGGCUCUGCUGCGGAUGCUGCUGACGGUGGCAGUGGUUGCUGCCAGAGGUCUCGGCUCUGCGCACCCUGCUCUCCCCCUCUCCCUGCCACCAGCUCCUACCUCUGCAACAUGGAUACUGUACUCUGGUGUCUCAACUCAAAAUGAAGCUGGAGGCAACUUACCUUUCCAGGGCCGCUUCCCAGAGCAGGGCUCCUGUGGGACAAGGUGUUGGCUCUAUCUCUGCUGAAGGCUGAACAAGGCAUCCUGAGGUCUUACCUCUAGCCCGGUACCAACCAUCGCCUCAUCCCGGUCCUUGUACAGUCUGUACGUGCGCAGGUAUCCUUCCUCUCCUGGUUUGUUUUGGUAUUGCCGCAUGCUGUGGUCGGGAGCUCUCCCCUCCUUCCUUCCCCCCCUGCCCCACAUCUGUGCGGUGGGUCUGAGCUGGCAGCGGUGGCUGGAGGGACAGGAGGAGCUCCUCGCUGGAGCUGCUCUCCAGCCACCGUCUGUUCUUGUGUGCACUUGGUUUUCAACCUGACUGGUUGGGGCUUGACACCUUGGAGAGAGAAAGAGAGUGGGAUGCGACCAAUCUGACCCGUAGCAUCUCUUGGGUGAGGAGUCCCCAGCGUGUAGGCAGGCCAUCUUCCCCACUUGUACAGACAUUUUCUAUACACACGGAUGUAUAUGUGUAGAUAACAUGGUUUUUUAACUCUUUUGCACUGAACAACAUCGGAGUGAAACCUUGAUUCGAAACCAGAAGACACAUUUUUCACGUGGAUCCAGAUGUCUAGAUCCCUUACUGUAACCUGUCUGGUAAAACUGUGGCUCAAAAAUACUGGUGAUGCCCGUACCUGUUCUGUCGCCGGCUGUGUCGGGCUGCUUGCAGGCUUCAGGUCAGGCUGGUGGCAUGGGUCUGGUGCAGAGGAUGGAGGGUGGUGAGCUCCAAUUCGGAGGCAAAACUUCUCCCCAUCCGCUCCGUGGGAUGGGCUCAUGCACAGGCCUGACCCCGUCGGCUUUGUCGUGUCUGUCUGGUCCGGUUGUGUGGUCCGACCUCCUCUCCAUCCACCCACAGCGUGUCGUUCGUGUAACCUGCUCAGCCCGAAACUGGGAAUAAAACUAUGUCCAAUGUGACGAUCCCAUGCACCCAGACCCACAGCCCAGACCAUGAGACCUGUCUUUCCUAAGGAAGGGGGAGCAAGGUGGGGUUCAUUCCUGCUUCGGUGGGGUUCGUCCCUGCUUUUCUGCAAAGACCAGGAGGAAUUGGGGUUUGUUACUGUUACCCGUAUCUCGAGAAGACUCGGUGAUUGAACUAAAGCUCUUGCAUCAGUCGCGUGGGCUCGAUAUGUCCGUAGGAAGAGAAGGAAAGGCUGUUUGCCAGCGGUAAGAGGUGAGCUGGCCUAGGGAGGGGCUGUCGGUCUGCCGGCAGGUCCCUGCCCGGCUGGGCUUGCAGCAGGGGAGCCCAGGUUGCCACAUCUGGCUCCACACCUGCUGAACUCUCAUCCAGCUGUUAAUCAGGCGAGAGCUGCCCGGGAGCUGCGAUCCCAAUACCAGGCUUGGCUCAUCCCGGGGGUCGCUGGGGCGCGGGGCUGCCAUUCCGCUCUCCGGGGUCAGCCGGCACCGGCACGAGCCGACUUCUGCCGGGGUGAGAGCUCGGGCCCUUGGCUUUCGGUGCUGUUAGUACCUAGCGCUCGCUGCUAUGAGGUCCGAGCCCCAUGGGUCGAAACGGCUGCCAUGCUUUGAGGAGGGCUCGGGGGGGGCCGGGGUCUGGACCCCCGCCAGCGGCAAAUAGUCUUUUAUCUGCCAAAAGCGUUCCCUUUCCCGGUCGGGAGGAGAAAUGUUUGGCCGAGAAGCGUGUCUCUGCUCCUUCCCGCGCCCCUGCCCACACUUACAAGUUCUGGCUGACUUUAAUUUUCUUUUUUAAAGAUUCUAAUUUUUUUUUUUUGUUACGAAUAAAAAUAAAAAAAAAAAUAAAAAAGAAAGUGGCAAUAUUUUUUUCCGUAAGCUUUUCCUAGGAAAAAGCGUGGUUUGUAACAAAGUUGUACAGUUCUGAAGUUUGAGAUACAAGAAGUACUGUGUGAAACGCUGUAAAUGGGGCAGAGAUUAUUUUAUGUACAGUCUGAUGCGGGGGGAAUCUUUUAAUUCUGGUUGAUUCUUAGGAAGAAUUUGGUUCUUCACUGUCAGGGUUUGGAAUUUCACGGUUUCAUUAUUAUUAUUUUUUUUUUUUCUUGUAUAGAUUGCUGCAUUAAUUGAAUAAAAGCAGAAAGCAUCA